ACCUAUUCCGGGGCCAAAGGAGCCUAUUCGGCCGCAGAAGCUCAUCUCCCCAAACCAUCAAGGGCUUUUUCUCAAAAUCAGUGAACAUGGAAAUUAUCACAUGGUGAUGCCACAUGCGCUACAUCUAUGGAAUGGUUAUAGGAAAUAUCAAGUUGUUUUUGUUUUGUUUCAUUUUUCUUUUGUAGGUUAUUCAGGGAUGAUUUGGUUAUUUGGAACUGUUGUACUCAAAUAUUUGACAUUUCAAAUCUUUGGCAUUGUAGAUGAUAUUUCUGGUCAGUUCUUGUAAAAGUUUUAUUGAUAAGGCUUUGUGAACAAUAGAAUUUCAAAAGGGCUUCAGUAUUUUCCAGUUUAAUCCAAGUUGGUCUUAUCCAGAGAAGACUUUUAUCCCUCCUUGGCAGUUAAUGUCUAGAAAUGGAAGAGAAGAGAGGAUAGCUUUGAGUCUUGAGAUGUUUUGAUAUUGUUUGAGGAGCACAAUGCAGAAUACAAGAGGAAGAAGUGACUAGAAUAGACACUCAGAGGACUGAGAUGUCAGAGAAUUCUGGGAAAAAGAAAGUUACUAAAGGGAGGUUAUGUUCCAAUUCUUCUUUGUUUCCAAAUUAUAUACUGAGACCCAUGGAUUGGAUUUAUUUAUGGGGAAGUCAUUUGAGCUGUUCGCAUGAUGUUUUGAAGAGGAAUCUUUAGUGAUGCUAAUAAAUCAUUUAAAGCAGUGUGAAGAAAUGGUAAAUUGCUCGUGUUGUUUGAUUGUGAAAGCAGGAACAGUGUAUGAGGCAUAAGAGGAAAUUUGUACUGGAACAUUUUGUUUCAAAAUAGAAGAGAAAAUGAGUUAAAGUCAUGAGGGGAUUGAUUGUGAUAAGAUUAGAGGUUGCUGGUAAAGAUUUCAAUUUUAAUCAUUAAUAUGUUUCUGAAGAAAUAGAAAAGACAGGUAUUCAAUUGCAGACAGUCAACUUAAUCAGGGGUAACUUGCCCCUUCAAUGAGAAAGAAUAACUAAUAGAUACCAAUGAUGGAACAAUUGUAGAGAUUUUGGUGCUAAACUGAGGUGAUUUGGCAAAUUACAUCAUUCAUCUGAUUAUUAUGAGUUUAAUCUAUGCACUGAAAUAUGAAAUAUGAGAGUAUGUGAGAUUCAAAAACUAUAGGGCUUGAAAUGAUUAUGUAAUGUGUAAGAAUGAUUCGAUUAUCAAAGUAUAUCUGAAAGCCCUAGAAAUCGUGACUCUGCAUUUCAACCUAAAGCAAUAGCUUAGUAAUGUGCUGUGUCAGAUGCAGUAAUGGACAAGACUGAUAAUCAGAGUCAUUUGGUAAAUGCUCAGAUGCUUAAUGACAGAUAGGGUAAAUACAGGGACAUCAGAAAUAUUGUUCUCAGGAAGUAUAUAAAGCAAAUUAACCUUUAUCAUCAGAGUUAGAAUGAGGAUUAAACUUUUAAAAAUAUGUAAUUCUCCAAGUAUAUUUAAUACAACCAUUUUUUUCUCUGGACUUCAGGUACAAAUGGAUGUUAAUCCUGCCUCUGUUAGUGACACAUUGUCACUAUUUGUACAUGAAAUGCAUGUAGUUAUUAAUGAUUUUUCAGAAGAAAAUUUACAUUAUAUAUAUAUCAGUUCACAUAUUGUAAGUAAUGAAGUUUGGGAUGUUGGAGCUGAUGAUUAACGUAAGAAGAUUUCAGCUACCACGUCACAAAAUUAUCAGACCCAGGAAAUAGAUUUUCUCCCAAAUCUCUUCAUUCUAUAUCUUCUGUGCCUCCUUAUCCUAUGAGGAUUUUGAGAUAUGACAAUGACAUUAUAUACUUCUGCUUUUUCUGUUGCAGGGGAUAUUCAUGAUUAGAUUUGCAUGAUGGGAGCCAUUGAUCCCUCCAAAUUGAUCAAGACAUUGAAUAGGUCAACCCCAUAUUCAUUUGGUUCAUAUCCAAAUCCUUUGGGCUGAGAUCUGGAACUGAAUGUUGAGGGUGUUAUAUUGUUAUACAUGAUAUGUGAAACAACCAAUAUCAUUUAGGACAAGUAUACCUAGAAGGGUAAGUGCCAGUUAAAGCAGGGAAGGAGAUUUCAGGGUACAGAAAUGGAUGUUGGAGAACCAAUGCUAGUGUAUCAACCAAGAGUUUCUGUAUUUGGUAAUCAGGGAGGAAAUUAAAAGUCUCUGAACACCAAGGAAUAAUUAAUACUGCAAUUCAGUGAUUUUUAUUUUCUUAUCUAUAAAAUCAAGAUGUCCAUGUCUUCAUUAUGUGCUAGAGAAGCCAGGAACUCCUAUGUCUUCACCUUGGGAGAGACCUCCCCAUAUUGCUCUUGGAGCACACUCCAUGUUCCUGUUGAUUGGCCUGGGUUUACUCCCAGGUAAAGGGUUUGGAUUCAUGACAUGUGAGUUGGGAAAUUGUGAUCAGAACGUGAGUCUGAAGGCUUCUAUCUCCUUUCUCAGCCUUGCUGAUCUUCUCUUUGUCUCAUUUUGAGUGAAAAUCCAGAGAAGGACAUUUGUCAGCUGAGCUAUUGACAAUGCAACCACAGGAGUUAAUGACCUUCAAAGAUAUUGCUAUAUACUUCACCCAAGAAGAGUGGGCACUGCUAGACGCAUCCCAGAGACAGCUGUUCAGAGAAGUGAUGCUGGAGAAUAUCGAUCACCUGAUCUCCGUAGGUAUCUCCCUCCAAACUGGAUGUCAGGUCUGCACAUCAGAAGUGCUUUCCCAGUUGUCACAAGGAAAGGAAGUAUGGACAGAAGAAAUGGGAUCUCUCCAAACCCAGAGUCCAGGCAGGAGAAGUGAGUAUAAAAAGCAAGAAAUGACAUUCAUGCACCUUGCCUGCAGGAAAGACAAUUCUUACAUCGUGUUAUUGCAGAUAUUUCACACUCAAAACAAUUCCUUUCAAUGUAAUUACUUGCAAGAAGAUUCCACUCUCAGAUCCACAGUGACUCCAAAUGCAUCGACUCCCAUGAGAAAGAAACGAUAUUUAAGCAAACGACUUCAAAAAGUCCUCAGUGAUCAGUCAUCUUUUCAAUACAAUGGAACUCAAACUGGAAAUAAACCAUAUGAAUGCCUUCUAUAUGGGAAAACCUCCAUUAGACCUAUUCAACUUAGACACCAUGAAGAAACUCACACUGGAGAGAAAUCCUAUGAAUGUCAUCUAUGUGGGAAAGCCUUCAGUCAAUAUUCCAGACUUAGACGACAUGAAAAAGCGCACACUAUUGAGAAAACCCUUAAAUGCCAUCUAUGUGGAAAAGCCUUCAGUCAAAAUUUUCAGCUUAAACGGCAUGAGAGAACUCACACUGGAGAGAAACCUCAUGAAUGCCAUCUAUGUGGAAAAGCCUUCAGUAAAAAGUUUAAUCUUAGACGACAUGAGAGAACUCACACUGGAGAGAAACCGCAUGAAUGCCAUCUAUGUGGGAAAACCUUCAGUCAACAUUCUAGUCUUAGAAAACAUGGGAGAACUCACACUGGAGAGAAAUCCUACAGAUGUCGUCUAUGUGGUAAAACCUAUUCUCAAUAUUAUCGUCUUAGUGUACAUGAGAGAAUACACACUGGAGAGGAACUCUAUGACUGCCAUACAUGUGGGAAAGUCUUCAUUAAUUGUUCUAAACUCAAACAACAUGAGAGAACUCACAGUGGAGACAAACCCCAUAAAUGCCAUCUAUGUGAGAAAGCCUUCAGUAGCCAUUAUAGUCUUACAAUACAUGAGAGAACCCACACUGGAGAGAAACCCUAUGAAUGCCAAACCUGUGGAAAAACCUUCAGACAUUAUUCUGAUUUUAGAAAACAUGAGAGAACACACACUGGAGAGAAACCCUAUGAAUGCCAUACCUGUGGGAAAGCCUUCAAUUAUUGUUCUGUCCUAAGAGAACAUGAGACAACUCACACUGGAGAGAAACCCUAUGAAUGCCAAACCUGUGGGAAAACCUUCAGAUAUAAUUCUUAUUUUAGAGUUCAUAAGAGAACACACACUGGAGAGAAACCCUAUCAAUGCCAUAUCUGUGGGAAAGCCUUUAAUAAUUCUUCUGUCCUACUAAAACACAAGAGAACUCAUAGUCAAGAGAAACCCUAUAAAUGCCAUACCUGUGGGAAAGCCUUCAGUCAAUGUUGUUAUCUGAGAAAACAUGAGAGAACACACACUGGAAAGAAACCCCAUGCAUGCCAUACCUGUGGGAAAGCCUUCAGUGAUUCUUCAUAUCUUAGACAGCAUGAGAGAACUCACAGUGGAGAGAAACCCUAUGAAUGCCAAACCUGUAGGAAGACCUUCAGUCAAUAUUGUUGUCUCAGAGAACAUGAGAGAACGCACACUGGAGAGAAACCCUAUGAAUGUCAUCUAUGUGGGAAAGCUUUCGCUCAACGUAGUAGCCUCAGGCAACAUAAGAGAACACAUAGUGGACAGAGGCCAUAAGAAUGUAAUCUAUAUGGGAAAUCUUAAUUUUUAUAUUCUUAGACAACAUGAAAUUACUCAAACUUGAGAGGAAUUCAGUGAGUGUCAUCAAUGUGGGAAAGCUUUCAGUCAAUAUUAUGACCUUAGAUGAUAUGAGAGGAUUCACACUACACAUAUUUUGAAUAUGGAAGAUAUUUCCGACAUAGCUUUAACCUUUAAACACACCAGAGAGCUCACAUACUUAAGAAAUACUGUUUGUAAUCUAGGUACCUUUAGCCACCCGUAGUAUUUCAGUUAACAUAAGGAAUUUCAUACAGGAGAGAAUCUCUAUGAAUGUCAUCUAUGUAGAAAACCCUUAAUGGAUGGUUUGAUAUGUUAUGUGAGAGAACUCAUAAUAUAAAUCUAAUGGAAGUGGAGGGUCCUCAUCUACCACUCUAACUGAUAAGCAAGCCAGAGAAAUUACAUGUGAGGAAUUCUAUGUACUCAAUGUAGAAGUGCCUUAAUUUGUAAUUCAUCCUUUAAGUAAAAUAAGUGGUCUCUGUAGGAAUGAAACAUUAAGUCUGUAAUUACUAUGCACUAUCAUUCAGUGAAAAACAAGCCUUAAUGUGCUAAAAAAUACUUGAUUUAGGAAUAACCAUGAAAACAUGAAAUAAGAUGGGAAAAUCAUGAAAACAUGAAGUAAGAGGGAAAAGUCUUUAUUAGGAGGAUUGUGCCCCUUUGGAGAGAUACAGAAAUUUCAUGAUGUGGAAUGUAUUUAAUCUAAAUUCAGGGGAAAUUAUUUACUUAGAAAUUUAGGUGGUUGUGUUCAUGAGUUAUUGUGUCUCAGUGAGGGAUAGUGUUUGAAGGGAUUGGGCAAAUUAUUGGAUAUUUGGUGGCUGAGUUAUGGAGAUAACUGGUGGAAAUACUAUUGGUGAGGGGAUAGAAUGUGAAUCCUGUCAUUUUGGAGUCUUCUAGGGUAAAUGAAUAUACUUCUGUUAUUGCCUCCAAUGGAUCAGUAAUGGGCAUUUUUUUUUUGGUCAGUGAUUAAAUAUCUGAAGUGUAGGAACAGAUAUGUUUGUUUUUGAUCUUAGAGGGAACAGAACUUCAUCUUGGUAACAAUAUUUAUCAGUGGGUGAGAGGGUUCUGCACACAGUACUUGGCUGAGUCAAGCAGAGGUCCAGAUAAUUCCCAUUUCCCCUUACUAAUGGCCCAUUAGGGAGUAUCACUCAGAACACACUGAAAGAAUCAUCUUAAUAACCAAAGAGGUCCCAAAAUGUACAGGGACCAUAGGCAAUGCUGUCAUGAUGGUCCAGAUGUGGGAAUCCAGUCCUAGACAUUAAUUUUGGAAAAGUAUGAUACAGAGCAUGCAUAUAUGAAAACUUUUCAGCUAACUUCAUAAUUUUAAGAGAUUGCUGAAUUUUUUGCUACUAAAAUUGGGGACACCAGAAGUAUUUCUGUUCUCAUCACUAAACCUUAUGUUUUAUGAAAUAUCAAAAAACUGACAGCUUUACCCUAAAAAGAGAGCAAGAAAAGGAUUUUUUUCUCAUAAUUUCCAUUAUUUAUGGACAUAGUGGUGGACUUAUGUAGUGUAAUAAGUCAAAGAGUGGAAAGAAAAAGCAGAAAACUUGGGGAAAAAACAAAACUUUUUGUUUGCAGAUGACAUGUUUUGGUAUAUAGAAACUAUUAAAUUUGCAAAAGAAAACUAGAGGCCAUUAUUACUUUUAGGAAUGCCACAGUGUCUGAAAUAAAAAUAAAAGUCAAUUUUUGUAUGUUAGAAGUUUAUUAGGAGAGUUAAUCCAUGUUCCUGGUCCCAGAAUUUCAUGUCCUCAGAAUUUGCAUGUCCAGAUCAGUGGUGUAUCCACCUUCAGUGGACACUGUCAUGGGAAAUUCAGCAAUUUCUUGGGUGUCACUGAGAUUGAGUCCAUUAUCCUCAUCUUCCAGGAAGUGAUCAUUCUCAGCCUCUCCCAACAGGAUCUCCAGCCUCAUAGGUUGUUAAAAGCAGUUUAGUGUAUCCCUCAUUGACUGUGUCACUUCAAAGAUACCCUUCCCAAUAAGACCCUCGCCAUACAGUGUCUUUCCACACCAUGAGUUGUUUCCAAAGGUCCCUUUGUUAAAAUAGGGAAUUGAUUCUGCAAUUGCAUUCUAUCUACAAAUUUAACCAGACUGCUAAGCCAUUGAUCACUUCAGCCAUGAGGGAGUAAACAUGUACAUGGGGGUUGUGAUGGUUAGGUUUAUGUGUCAAUUUGGCCAGGAGAUGGUACCCAGGUGUCUGGUCAAGCAAGCACUGGCCUACUGUUACUGCUAGGACAUUUGAGGCUGGUUAAUAAACCAGAGGCUGG